UACGAGAUAGUUUUGUUGGUGUUGAGAUCGGUUGACUUUCUUGAUACGAAGAAACAACAUGUAGGGUAUUUACAUUGGAUCUUGUUAUCAGUUUACUGACCGAUUGCAACUUCUGAAUAGUUUAGGGUUGUAAAUGGACUCUAGUAAAAUGGUCAUUGCCUAGUUACUCUGUUUGCUUUAGGUGUGACUUGGUGAAGCAAGAAUGCUGCAGUUACCUUUGCAUUGGAUACAACAGAAAACCUCUGUACACACUGAGUGUGCUGCAUAUCUUAUCGCGAAAAUAGUAUCUUGAAACCAAUGUGGGGUGGAUAUCAACUAGUGUUACCAUUAAAUAAUCAGUUGUGGUGUAAGACAUACUCUUGACAAGUACAGAGAACAGCUUACUUCUUGUUUCUUGUGGAUCUUUAAUUGUGAAUAAUUCAUUUGAUACCUUCUCGACAUUUGAUGUUCAGACAUUUUGGUGUAUUAACCUUGUAAUGGACAGACAAUGUUCAGUGAACUAUAUCCAAGGGUGUAAACCAUUGUGAGCUGUAAAUGAGGAGUAUCUUUGAGUUGGUUGCAAAGUCAAGACUAGUGCUUCUCAUGAUUUGAUGAGUCAUAUUACUUAUUACAUGUAUUAGUAACAAGGAAGUGCCUUCUGGACUUGGAUCUAAUCAAGAUUGCAAAUUUUCUAUGCCAUGUUGAAGUUCAGAGGUGGGGCUAAGUCAGGAGAGGAGAAGUCUCUGGAAGAUUCUGAUGUCGUACAAGAUGGUGAUUCUGUUGACACAGAUGGGACUUCCACACUGCCUCAGGUUUGUGUCACCAAGGAUGAAGGCACUACCAACAACGAUAGUGAGACACCUACUUUGGAACGGAAGAAGAAAUCAAGGGCAAAGAAGGUGUCCAAUGCUGCUGGGAAGUUGCUCAAGAAGAAGAAGAGGAAAGAAGGUGGCAGUGUGACUGACGAUAGCAUCCUGGAUGAUAGCGUUGUUGAGGAUACUCCUACUAAGAAUGGGAGCUUGGAUGUAGAAGCGGAUGGAGAGGAAGAGAGAAAUAACAUUGAUAAGAAGACAGAGAAUGGCAAUACUCUUGAUACGCCAAAGAAAAAGGAAAAGAAGAAGGUAGAUAGGGACAGACGAAGAACAAAUGUACCAGACUUCUCAAAAGUAUUGAGGGAAGCAAAAUUCAGCAACAUACGAGGGUCUAACAAGCCCAGUCGUAAGGAGAGUUCAGCCAAGCAGCCGCGGAUACCCCAAUCCAGGCAGAAUGUUGCUGAUGAAUCGGCCGAUGCUCAGGCGGAGUACGAGAGGUCUCUGGAGGCUAAUCUCACCGACAAUGAAGUCCUUGCAGCCUUUGAGAGAAUGCUGGAGGAUAUGGGUUUGACUGAUCAGAAGGCUGCACCUUUACGCUCUAGGGAUAUGAAGAUCAAGAGAGACAUGGUGCUUCAAUACAUGAAGAGACAGGGCCCAUCAGCUGCGGGGCGUAACGACUCCCAGAUGAAACCUGGUGAUUAUGUCAUCGAGCUGCACAGCACGGCUGCCAGCGAUACCAGUAGAUACCACUCCAUCCUUAGCUCCCUACGUGUGUCUCUCACCAGUAAUCCCAUUAGCUGGGUGCAACAGUUUGGGGAGAAAGGACUGGAUGUCAUCUUGAAGAUUCUUCAGGAUUACAAUCAAAGGGAAGGAAAGAAGUAUGCAGAUGUGAGGCAUGAAUGUAUAAAAUGUAUCAAGGCUUUCAUGAACAACAAGUACGGAAUUCAGACGGUAUUUGCCAAGGACCGUGCCAUCAUCCACAUAGCAUCAGUGUUGAAUCCACAGUAUGAAAACAUGAUGAUCGAUACAACCAAGCUUUUAGCUGCUGUCUGCUUUGUGCCUCCUGAUGGACAUGAAAAAGUACUAUCUGCUUUAACAGAGGUUGGUGAGACCAAAUCCAGUCCCAGAUUUUCAUCCAUUGUAGACGCUUUACAUCUAGAGGACAACCCACAACUCAUGUGUGUAUGUAUGCAGCUAGUGAAUGCCCUUAUAUCAAACCCCGAGGAUCUGGACUUCAGAUUACAUCUUAGGAAUGAAUUCCUUAGGACUGGAAUGAUCAACAUCUUGCCAGAGCUACGCGAUAAUCCAAGUGAAGAGUUAGGUGUUCAGAUGAGAGUGUUUGAUGAGCACAGAGAAGAUGACUUUGAAGAGUUUCAGCAUAGAUUUGAAGGCCUCCGCAUCGAGAUGGAUGACCUUGAAGGUAACUUCCAGCUUCUCCAGCAAGUCGUAGCGAACACACCAUCAGAAAACUACUUCCUAUCUAUCCUUCAACAUCUCAUACUGAUCAGGGAGGAUGUGUACAUAAGGCCACAGUACUUCAAAUUAAUAGAGGAAUGUAUAUCUCAGAUUGUGCUUCAUAAAAGCGGUUGUGAUCCUGACUUCACCUACACCAAGCGAUUUGAUGUGGAUGUAGAACCACUGAUAGAGGGGUUAGCAGAGAAGGCUAAAUAUGAAACCAUGGAAGGCAAGGCAGUCAAACUAGAAAAAGAGUUGGAGCAAGAGGUAACAGCGAGGCAGGAAUCAGAAGCCAAACUAAAUCAAGCCAAUAAGAAAGCAGAAGAAAUGGAGAAAGAACUUGAGGAAUUAAAACGACAGAUUGCCAGUGGAGCCAUCGUUGCCAGUGCAGGUCCUGCCCCACCUCCUCCUCCACCCGGGGGAGGCGGUGUUCCUCCCCCACCCCCACCCCCACCAGGAGGCCCCGGUAUCCCACCACCACCACCACCACCAUUCCCUGGUGGGGGUGGUGUCCCUCCUCCUCCCCCACCACCAGGGGGUGGUCCACCCCCACCCCCUCCACUACCCGGUAUGGGUGGUCCACCUCCCCCUCCUCCACCUGGUGGUGGACCCCCAGGACCCCCUCCACCACCUGGUGGUGUACCGAUGAUUGGUGGUUUUGGUAUGAAGGCAGCCUCUCCAGCACAGUCUUUACCCCAUGGUAUGAAGGAGAAGAAGAAGUACAACCCUCAGACUCCAAUGAAGAGAGCUAAUUGGAGCAAGAUCCAACCAAGAACACUUAAGAAGAAUUCAUUAUGGGUCAAUGCUAAAGAGGAGAAACUAGAAAAACAGGAGGUUUUAGAACAGCUAGCAUCCUUAUUCGCAUCCAAGCCAGGAAAGAAGCUGGGAGGUGGUGGUAUCGAAGCAGAUGUUGAUGGUAAGACAGAACCUAAGAAGAAGGUGAAGGAACUGAAGGUAUUGAGUGCCAAGGAGGCUCAGAACCUCUCAAUCUGGCUUGGUUCAAUGCGGAUACCUCAUGAAGAGAUCAAGAGACGUAUCUUAGAGAUCGAUGAAGAACACUUGAAUGAAGGCUUGAUACAAUCAUUAUUAAAGAAUAUGCCUGAGACUGAGACUAUUCAACAGGUGUAUGCUCUUAAGGAUGAAUUCAAUGAUAUGAAUGAAGCUGAGCAGUUUUGUGUUCUAGUUGGAAAUAUCAAGGGCCUUCAGAAGAGGUUACAGUCUAUCCUAUUCAAGAUGAAGUUCCCAGAACUUGUAUCCGACAUCAAACCAGACAUUGCCACAGUAACGAAAGCAUGUGAAGAGCUGAGAUAUAGCGCAAGUUUCAACAAAGUUCUAGAGUUGAUUCUUCUCUUUGGUAACUACAUGAACUCAGGGUCAAGGAAUGCAGGGUCAUUAGGAUUCGAUCUCAAUUUCUUAACAAAACUAAGAGGUACCAAGUCAAUGGAUAACAAGAUCAACUUCCUGAACUUCUUGGCUGAUCAGAUUCAGAACGUGUACCCUGAGCUAGCUGAGUUUCCCGAGACAAUAACCCAUGCUGUCAGGGCAUCAAGAGUAUCUGACGAGAACAUCCAAAAGAACAUGAAGCAGAUGAAGAAUGAGAUCAAAGGAUUGGAGAAGGAUCUAGACAAGUACAAACCAGUGCCUAACGUCAAUGAUGGUUUCAAACCUAUCAUGGAGGAGUUCUUGAAGAAGGCUAAAGAACAGUACAAGGUUCUGGAAGGCAUGUAUGACCAGAUGAAGGAACUGUAUACCAAGAUUGCUGAGUUCUAUGCCUUUGACAUGUCCAAGAAAUCCAUGGAAGAAUUCUUUGGUGAUAUCAAGACCUUCCUGUCAGAAUAUGAUCAAUCCAAGCAAGAGAACAAGAAGAGAUUAGAAGCCGAGGAGAAGGCCAAGAAAGCCAAAGAAGCUAAGGAGAAGAAAGAAAGAGAGAAGAAGAUGAAAUCACAUAGAAAGAACAAUCUACUUGAUAUGACCAUAGAUGAUGACCAAGAAGGAGUGAUGGAUAACUUGAUAGAAGCCUUACAGAGUGGAUCAGCCUUCAGUAGACCUCAUAAGAAACGAGGACCAGCUAGAGCAGCCGGAGCUGAGAGACAGCGGCAAUUGGAAAGGUCGAGGUCAAGGGUCGGGAGGAUGAUGCCUGUUUCGUUAACGGAAAUCGAUAUCAAUGGAAGUGCUUCACCGAACGUAGUCAGAUCAAAUAAUACAAACAAUGGUGGUGGAAGGACUAGGGGAAGGAGAGGAGGUGACAAAGAAGGACAAGAUGGUGAUGCUUUGAUGGAAAGAUUAAGACAAUUAUAGUACAAGGACCAAUGUUGGAUUGCAAAGCCAACACAGGACAACAUGUGUGGGACUGAAGCAGGAAAAGCUGUUGGAUAUUUAGCCAACAUGAAAUAUGAUGUGUGGGACAUAUGCCUUGAAUAUCACUGUAUACCAUUUUCAUGAAUGGGACUGAGGCGUAAGUUGCCUAGAGCAUGGAUCAGAGCCAUGAGGAAUAUUUCAGAUGUCAAACCAACACCACUGAACAUGAAUGGAUCAAGUCAAGAUUUUAGCCGACAGAGAAGUAUGUAUGUGGGACCAUGGUUUGGAAGAACCUAUUAUGUUUAGCCAUUACCAAGAAAAUGUGGGACUGUAGGACAUAAUGGAGAAGAACCCUGUAGGCUGUAACUAACAUCUGCAAAUCAUGUCAUCACCAAAACCUCUCCCAUAGCCGAGGCACGUGAAGGAGAAUUUAACAUGACCAUGUUCAUUCUUAUGUGGAGUAGGAUAGCGAAGAUGAAACCAAAUACCAACCACAAACAAGCCUUCCAGAUUGGGUGUGAAGCACCAACACCAGAUCCACCAAAA